AUGCGUGAGAUCAAGAGAAGGAAAACUGAGAGUGAGGGUGAUAGCCAGCAGUGCGAGUACUUUUUAGAGAAGAAGAAACGACAAUGUGGUUUAAAGAAGAAGCCUAACCAUCGGUUCUGUUCUGAACAUAUGAUCUAUGACGUGGAAUAUAAGGAAGAGAGGGUUCCUUGCCCAUUAGAUGGCAACCAUACAGUAUGGUUAAAGGAUUUGCAGAAGCACUUGAAAAAGUGUAAUGCCAAGCCUAAAGAUGUGCGGGAGCCAUGGUACUCAUUAGACUAUAAUAGUCAGGUUAUUGGUGCCAUUAAUGGAACCGAUACUGAAAAAUCAGAAGAAGAUAAUACUGCCGAUGCGGCCGAAUUACUAAAUAAGUACAUUAGCUUGUUGCAGACACUAUCAUUCCCUGAGUUACCGAUUAGAAUCAGUCAGCAUGAGGGUCUUGACCCAAGACUACAUGAACUUAAGAAUCAGAAGCAUGCCUUACAACAGUCAUCAUUAAUUGGUAAUAUGAAACACUCAAAGUUAUUAGAUGGUUCAUCAUUCUAUCUUGAGUUUGGUUGUGGUAAGGGUGAACUCUCACGAUAUAUUAAUCUAUGUGUAAUGGAGGAUUUGAAGAGUCUGACUAAAGAAGAUACCAAGACUAAUGAAACUUAUGGUUUUGGCUUUAUCGAUAGAGGUGUCAAUAGAAUGAAAGUAGAUAGUAAGAUAGUUAAAGAAGCCCUGGAAUAUGGUGUUGAUGCCAAAACAAAGAGAAGUCGUAUAGAUAUAAAAGAUCUUAAUGUUGACAAGUUCAUAGAGGAUAUCAAUCCUGUCAAAGUUGUAUGUAUUUCCAAACAUCUUUGUGGAGCUGCUACUGAUCUCACUUUGAAGCUGCUUUUGAAUUCGACUUUAUUGAAAGCUCAUAAAGAAAGAUUUGGUGGAUUGAUGAUAGCCAUGUGUUGUCGUCAUGUAUGUUCAUAUGAACAAUUGCUACCUCAAUCUAGGAAAUAUCUUGCCCAGCAUGGAUUCAAGACGAUUGAAUCGUUCAAUAUCCUUAAGAAAGCUGUAUCUUGGGCUGUUUGCGGUACGGGCAAAUCAGACACAGUAGUUAACCAGGUGGAAGAUAAGAAUAAUGAGAUAGGAUUAAAUCAGAAACAGAGAGAAGAAAUAGGAUUUAUCGCUAGACGAUUGGUCGAUGAAAGUAGAGUAUUUGCAUUACAAGAAAUAUUACCUGAAUUUGAUGUUCAAAUGUUUUUGUACAGUGAUAUGGAUAUAACGUUAGAGAAUGUUUGUCUUUCAAUUACUCCCCGGAAUAUAUAGUAAUAUACAGGGUCACAAAGUAUCUAUUACACUAUUGUUCUAUUCGUAAACCUGUAUGGUCGACCCCUAUUCCUUGUUAAAGGAAUUAUUCUGUUUGCAACAUUUAGGACGAAUUAGGAAAGAAUAUCCUCUUAGCCGCAAGACGAUGCCACAUGCCUAGAAACCUUCGAG